GUUUGGCGUUACCUUUAGUGCGGUGUGGCUGCAUCGGUUUCUCCAUAGACCUGUGGUGGCAGCUUGGAGUGUGGCAUGUGUUCUAGGAAAGUAAAGAAUAAAAAAUUGAAACGGACUCGAAGUGCAAUAACAAGGAAUGAGAGAAAUGAGAUGCGAGACUGGAGAAGACUCAAGCUUAGUAGUCUUGACCAAAAAUAGAGUAACGUACCACACUCUCUUCCUCUGCAUGUAAUGUUUUCCCUCUAUCUUGAGUCACGUGAUUUGCUGAGAAUGAGAGAAAAUGCGGACAGAAAACAUUGAAGUAUCAUGUAGAAGUAGAGAAACUUACAACGCUCUUCUCCUCUGCGUUUAGUGUUUUCCCUCUGUCUGAAACCCUGUGAUAUGUUAGGACUCUACAGACUGUCAGAAUUUGCAAGGAGACUGUCAGCAAAUCGGUAGGAUGAAGAGUGAAGAGAAACGCACAACUCGGUGGAAGUGACUACGGGAGUUGACUCACGCCAACCUCAGUCACUUGGGAACAGCGGAAGAAAUUGGUAGUUGCCAUAAGAUUUUCCUUCUUUCUUUUCUGUGGCAUCUCCCGAGCACUCGUUCACAUGUCCGGAGAAAUCAUGCAGCAACCACGUGAGACUAAGAGCCAAGCCUUAGUUAUUCUUAGGCAACCCGAACCUUUAAAGACAAACAAAGGAAGAAAAAAUACACCAACUUCCACAUUUAGACACCAUCGCAGCUGUUGUUCUUUCUUCCCGUGUUCAGAGCCAAACUGCCAAGGUGGAAAUUCCCCUUUUGUCUUGAAAACAAUGUGCUUUCUGCCUCGAUAAGUCUUUCAUGACGCCGGUAAAAUCAAGCCUGCCUUUUUAUCAUUCAUGCAUCGUACUUCAAAGGAAGAACAAAGGCAAACACUCCUGUCCAAAAGCAACCAAGUGUUAUGAAAUCAUGAAGACACCCUUGAAGCAUUCCAGUAACUUAAUUUAACAAGAGUCUGAUGACAUUAUCGAAAAAGCACUCCGGAAUGUUUUAAAAAUACGGCCCAGGUAUUAAAACAGUGAUAGAAAAGAGAAAACACAUUCUAGUCUUUCUAAAUAAUGAAAAGGAAAGAAAGUAAAGGCCUUGGAUAAUUUUAUAACGUCAACUUAGCGCGGGUUUGAGAAUUCAGCAAAACCAAGUGAGCGCAAGAAGGUGGUGAAGGAAGCAGAGACGACAAAACAAAGGCAGAGAAGACGCUCCAGACACACAUAACUUCUAAGGAGCGAUCGGCGUCCAAAUGAUAAACGAGACUCUUGAGAACUGGUACUUCGCACUCAGUAAGCUCCACUGAGAUCCAGUAGGGAGUGAUGAUAGGGAAAAGACACCGAGCUAAGUGGCUGCCAAUAAUAAGACGAUCAAAUAAGAGCAGUGACUCGGUAGUGGAAAUCGGCGAGAAGGAAACAGAACUUACCUAACAAAACGGAAAACGAAAAAUGUUUACUCAGCAGUGAAACUCAGCAGAACAGGAUGCCAAAAUUUAGCUUAUAACAACAAGCAUGACAGAAAAAAAACAGUGAAACAGCAAUAAAACUCAGAGGAAGCGAAACGAUAUUUAGCUGCCAAGGAGACGAUAAAUUUUUACCCGGCAGUAAACUCAGGAAGUAGGAAAACAAUCUAGCUAAUAACAAUACUAAGACGAGAAAGAAGAGAAAGAACAGUGAAAGCCAACAUUGAAAGUGAACAGGGAAGAAAAAAUACCUGAUAGAAAAGGAAGAGAACGAACAGUGAAACUCAAAAGUGAAGAUCAACAAGAAAGCAAAGAAAAAGGAAAAAGACAACUAAAAGACAAGAAAGAGCAGUGACAGCAACGAAACUUGAUAAUAACUGCACAAAACUUACCUAAUCACAAGAAAAAAGAAAAGAAACAGUGAAAUGUAGCACUAAAAAGACAAAAAAAUAUCGAGCAGAAACGAAAAAAGGAGAGAGAAAAAAGGAGAAACCAGUGAAAUCCAUUAGUUAAAAUUAGAAAAAGACAGUAGAAGAGGAACAGGAGAGCAAGCGUGCGUGUGUCAUCGCUUGGCAUGUAGGAGAGGCACUGAGGAGACUACCCAGCAGUCACCAUGUAUAUGAACACCAGGGCCAAUCUGGACUACUGGUCUACUGAUAACUGCUGCCUGCGAUGGUCUCUCAGAACUGGAGCUAUCGUUAUCGGAUUUUUCUCUCUGGUGUGGCAAGCUCUGAUGGUGAUGACCGGGGUGAUGAUGCUGGUGAAAUGCCCCGUCAACACCACUGCCACCAUCACCACCACCAACACCACCAACAUCACCCAAACACUGCUAAACGACACCUUCACUGACGAGGUCGUUUUGGACUUCAAUAAGCCUGAGGACGACUUGGAGGAGGGUAACAAGGGAGUGAGGUGCCUAGAGGCGUCUGGCACUGAUGUUGGUGGCACUGACGAUGACAAGCAGGCUUCAGCUAUGGACAGUGACAGUGGUAAUGUUGAUGCAAUGGAGGGUAACAGCAGUGCCAUCAGUAACAGCAGUAGAAUUGGGUCCCCAGACGGUAACAGUACUGCUAUCACUAACGACACCAAGAUGUUUUUGAUAAAGUGUCCGUGGCUGCCUGACCCAGAGACUGAAGUCCUUGGGGUGUACAGUGAGGAGAAAUUAAUCCUGGUGGCAGGAAUCUUCAUUGCCUACUCCGGUGUUUACUUCAUCCUAUCCUUCUGCGUGUUGGUGGGUGUCUUCACGAGUUCGGUGACGUUGCUGCAAGGAUGGGUAGCGUUCACGGGUUUCCACAACUUACUGAUCCUGGCUACACUCCUUGUUCCACUUCCUUUCACCACCCUGACGCACCUCUUCCUUUCCAUCGCCUACUUCAUCCUCUCGCUAUACACGUGGGCGGUGGUCAAAUCUUACAUGCACGCCCUCAAGGUGGAGCUGAACAAGCCGCUGCUCCCUGAAGGCUCCAUCACGGAUUACACUGUAGAUGGGGUGGAUGUCACGGAAAUCCCAGUACAAGUGUAAAAACAAAACAAGCUACGCCAAGAAUAUUGUAUUAUCUGUCUAUACGAGUAUGUCUAUCUGUCUGUGUCUAUCUAUGCAAUAUAACAGGAACGGUGUCUGUUUAUUAACACAUAUGUAUGUCUGUCUAUCUAUCUAUUUAUCUGUCUGUCUGUCUCUCUGCCUGCCUGUCUAUCUAUAGAAGUGUAACGGAAAGGAUGUCCGUUUGGAGAGAGAGAGAGAGAGAGAGAGAGAGAGAGAGAGAGAGAGAGAGAGAGAGAGAGAGAGAUGGUUGUUUCCCUGAAUGACUUAAUGAGUUAAUAUCCUCUUCAUUAAGGUAAUAUGGAAGGAGGAGGAGGUGAUGUAAAAGGAACAAAGUGUUGUUUGAUGAAAGAGCAUUGAAAAUACUAAGAAUGACAAGAUAAACAAAUAAUACAUAAAUAAAUAAAUAAGAGAUGUUU